AUGUGCUCUGCUGUUCUGUCUCUGGGGUUUUCACUGUCAGGUAAUGAGGAGCUGUGGGCCCAGUCAGUCUUGGAGAUGCCGAAGAGACGGGACAUCCUGGCUAUCGUGCUGAUAGUUCUGCCCUGGACACUACUAAUCACCGUCUGGCACCAGAGCACCAUUGCUCCACUACUUGCAGUGCACAAGGAUGAUGGUGGUGACUCCCGGCGUGAUCUCGCUGCAGGCUUGGACUCCAAGGAGUACUGCUUGUCGGACCGGGACAUUGUGGAGGUGGUGAGGACAGAGUACGUUUAUACCCGCCCGCCCCCGUGGUCAGACACCCUUCCCACCAUCCACGUUAUUACGCCCACCUACAGCCGGCCCGUCCAGAAGGCAGAGCUGACGCGCUUGGCCAACACCCUCCUGCAUGUGCCAAACCUGCACUGGAUCCUGGUGGAGGACUCACAGCGGCGCACACCUCUCAUCACCCGGCUGCUGCGGGACACGGGGCUCAACUACACGCACCUCAAUGUGGAGACACCCCGCAACUACAAGCUGCGGGGAGACAUGAGAGAUCCCCGCAUCCCUCGUGGGACCAUGCAGAGGAACCUUGCUCUGAGAUGGCUGAGAGAGACCUUUAACAAAAACAACAGUCAGCCUGGGAUUGUUUAUUUUGCUGAUGAUGAUAACACCUACAGCCUGGAGCUCUUUGAGGAGAUGCGCAGCACCAGGAAGGUGGCAGUGUGGCCAGUAGCCUUCGUCGGUGGCUUGCGCUAUGAGUCACCCAAAGUGAACGCUGCAGGGAAGGUCUAUGGCUGGAAAACUGUGUUCGACCCCCAUCGCCCCUUUGCUAUAGACAUGGCAGGGUUUGCUGUGAACCUCAGACUGAUUCUCCAGCGAUCUCAGGCUUACUUCAAACUGCGAGGAGUGAAGGGAGGCUACCAAGAGAGCAGCCUGCUGCGGGAACUAGUGACCUUGAAUGACCUUGAGCCGAAAGCUGCCAAUUGCACCAAGAUUUUAGUCUGGCAUACGAGGACAGAAAAGCCUGUGCUGGUGAAUGAGGGGAAGAAAGGAUUUACAGAUCCCAAUGUGGAAAUCUGACUGUGCAUGGCUGAGCGGAGACUAGCAUCAGAAGAUUUCUUCAUGCCCAGCCUGCAAGGCUCCUCUCCACAGCAUCCAGCAUGCCAGACGUGCAGUAGCCAGGACUUCUCCUGACUUCGAAGAGAUUUAUCGUACUGAAAACAAGCAACACUGCAUACAUAAACUACCCGGAAUCCCCUGCCCUUCCUCCUGGACUCUGAGCAGAACCAGACGCUCUGGAGUUGGAGAAAAAGCACAGAAAAUAUAGGACUGACGCAGCUUCAGUACAAGACCAGCAGCCUCCCGAGAUGCUUGGUUUGGGAGAAGUGCACGAAGGGCAUGAGGCAUUGAGGAGGAGGCCCAGCUGGAAUGGUAGUCUAGACUGAGGGGGCUGGUGAAAGCAAGGGUGAGAAUGCCCACAGGCGUGUGUUGGCCCCUGAUUUUCCUGAGACACACGUACCUUGUGGCUAUGUGUGCAACAGCCUAAGCAGCUCUCUGUUCAUGGAGGGGACAGCUGCCUUCUGAGAUGGCACCUUAGCCCUUAAUUUUAAACCUACUUUAAUCAGUGUUUAUUAUGUUGCGUAAGAUAAGAAGGUUUUGGGGAAGGGUGAAAAGCAAGGCAGGUUAGAACAAACCUAUAAUUAUUUCUGUUCUCUUUGUACCUCUUCUCCUUUCCCUUUAGUAGGUUCAUGGCUUGGAGGGCAUUUUGACAUAUUUCUAUGUUGCUGGAUUGAGUUACAGUUACAGAACAUGUUUCUCUAUUCACUCAUGCCAAAAUAAGUGGAGGUGGGUUUUGAUGAGAUUGCUGUGGCCAUAUUUUAUCCAGGUUCGGAUCUUGGUUCUUUCUAGCCCAAAUUUGUUUCCUGUGAGCAUUAGGUGUGGGGUUCUCUGAAAGGUGCUCUACGUAAAGCCAAUUUUCCCUGCUUUAAAAAAAAAAAAAAAAAAAAAAGUUAACUGCUAUAGCCAGGGGUUAAAUGAUAAAAGCUGAUUUUAGUGCAUUUAACAUUGAACUGGAAUGUGUCCUUCAGCCCUAGCCCCUUUUUCAGGGCCCUGCCAUACUACCACAGAGCUAGUGGCAUGAAAAGCCACGCUGGAGCGGUUCGAGAAUUAACUCCUGAUGGAUAGAGCAGCACCCUUUUAAAGGGGAUCCUGUGCUUAGUGCUCUGUUUCUUCAGCACCUGGCUUGAGGUAGGUUGAAAAACUAAGUAGAUCAUUAGUUGCCUCUUCCCUGUUCUGUAACAUCAAGGAUCUGAGAGAGCAGUGAUGAACGGGUUUUCUCUGAUGAAACUGUAUUUUGCUCCUCAGUAAGACACAUGACUGAGCAAUGCAGAAGAGGAACCUGGGUGCUACUACCUUGGUUGAGUCAGUAUUUGAGAUUGACAAACUUGCUGAGGAAGAAAUUAAGGUAUAAUUUACCCCUUCUCCCCACCUCCGAUCCCUUAAAAAAAGAAAAAAAAAAAAAAGGAAGGAAAAAAAAAACUUCCCUCCUCCUUCAUAGCUGUUUUCAAACAUUUGAUCAACCUACACUGUUCCCAUUCUUUCAAAAAGGUCUGAAGCACAAUUUUAUCUUUGAGUUAAGGCAAAAUGUAAUACUGGAAAGGGACGUGGUUAUUUUUACCCCUUAGCAUAUACAAUUAUUAAAAUACUAUAGAAUUGUUAGCUUCACAGUGCAGAAGUCUCCCCUUAAACUAAUGACAUCAUGUAUUUCCUAGUAUCUUUUUAAUGAUUUUUUUGUAAGUUAUUUUCUCCCACUGUAUACGAAAAUCAUUGGGGAAAUGUUGCAUUCUUUAGAUCCCAGUCAUGGAAGCCUUGCUAUGUAGCCUUUAUGAAAAUGUUCUGUUAGAUGCAGAGGCUGAAAUGCUAUUUGGAUAGAAAGCAUCUGAUGCUACUUGUUACCAGCUGCACUAUGAGAACAGGUAUUGUUAUCUUGUGUUAAAGCAGUAGCUCUCUGCAUUCAAGCAGAUUUAUUCUAUUAUUGUACUGGCAUCCCAACUUCAGUUCAGUCUGCAUACUCUAGAGUGGAAAGAGACAUUUUUAAAGGAAUACAAAGUUUCCAUGCUACUCAAAUAGUUUCCAACUUAUGUCCUCUUAGCUGCAUGCUUAAUUCCACUAAUGUUAGUUCUAGUCCCUGCUGGGUUGCAGCCUUCCCUCCUUGGAAGGAAAUAACUUUCAGAAAAAUGCAGAGGAUCAAGUACAAAACACGACCCUGCAUAUACGCUCCACUCUCCUCAGAUAAUUGGUCACAGAAGCCUGGGCCCUCCCAGCUUGCAUGGAGGCUACCAUGGUCCUUGGGAGCAGAGAAACGUGGGUUUAAUAGGACCAGCUCUGGCCAGGAUGGAGUGUAUUACAGCUGCGCUGUCUGUUCUCAGUUUUAAAUAACUGUAUUUAAGUUUGUUAAAUAAAAUUAAGUAUGGUUUUUAAGAGCCAGAA